UUCCGUCAUUGACUACAUGUAGAGGCUAACUUCGGUACGUUCGAAACGCGCUUUCACGUACACAUAAAAUUCAAAAUCUAUCGUGUAGCACGAUGAGCAUCGCCGGUAUACAAGCGAAGAUACACGAUGGGAAGGAAUGCAUCUACGAGCAUCAGACUGCUGGAUCCAAGAAGAAUGAUUUGCAGACGUUAUUGCAGAAUCUACGAGAUGUGCAGUCUGAAGUCAACAAUUGUUUAACCACGCUGAUUCAACAAAACACAUCCGACAGGGCACAAAAAACGACGGAACGAUCAAUUUCUUCGAACGUCGAAGAGGAGGUGGAAGAAGAGGAGGAAGAGGAGGAGGAGGAGGAGGAGGAGGAGGAAGAAGAAGAGGAAGAGGAAACGGCAGCUGGAGAAGAGAAAGAGAAAGAGGCGCGAGUUAACCCCAAAAAAUGCAAAUUGUCGAUCUAG